AUGUGGAGAUGCAUUGAUUGCAUGGAACUCAACGAGCAAGUGGGGGAUUCGGCGAAGGAAGCUCGUAACAUGGCGGAUAGCGAGGAAGGCUUCGGGCUGCCCAGCACGCCGGCCGAUGCGGAGGCCAAGGAGCUGCAGGCCGAGGGCAAGCAGGACACGCAGCUGGGCAACACCAGCAAGUCACCCACCUCACCCCAGGCAGCCUUUACCCAGCAGGGCAUGGAGGGCAUCAAGGUGUUUUUGCACGAACGCGAGUUGUGGCUGAAGUUCCACGAGGUGGGCACGGAGAUGAUCAUAACCAAGGCCGGCAGGCGAAUGUUCCCCAGCUACAAAGUGAAGGUCACUGGACUGAAUCCAAAGACCAAGUACAUCCUGCUGAUGGAUAUUGUGCCGGCGGAUGACCACAGAUACAAAUUCGCCGAUAACAAAUGGUCGGUGACAGGCAAGGCAGAGCCGGCCAUGCCCGGCAGGCUGUACGUGCACCCCGACUCCCCCGCCACCGGAGCGCACUGGAUGAGGCAGCUGGUUUCCUUCCAGAAGCUCAAACUCACCAACAACCACCUGGAUCCCUUCGGACAUAUCAUCCUGAACUCCAUGCACAAGUACCAGCCCCGGCUCCACAUCGUGAAAGCGGACGAGAACAACGGCUUCGGCUCCAAGAACACCGCCUUCUGCACCCACGUCUUCCCGGAGACCGCCUUCAUCGCCGUCACCUCCUACCAAAACCACAAGAUCACCCAGCUGAAGAUUGAGAACAACCCCUUCGCCAAAGGCUUCCGUGGCAGCGAUGACAUGGAGCUCCACAGAAUGUCCAGGAUGCAGAGUAAAGAGUACCCGGUUGUUCCCAGGAGCACAGUGAGACAAAAAGUGUCCUCGAACCACAGCCCCUUCAGCGGUGAGACCAGGGUCCUUUCUGCCUCCUCCAACCUGGGCUCCCAGUACCAGUGUGAGAACGGGGUGUCCAGCACCUCCCAGGACCUGCUGCCUCCUGCCAACCCCUACCCCAUCUCCCAGGAGCACGGCCAGAUCUACCACUGCACCAAGAGAAAAGAUGAGGAAUGUUCCACCACCGAGCAUCCCUACAAGAAGCCCUACAUGGAAACCUCUCCAGCAGACGAGGACCCUUUCUACAGGUCCAGUUACCCUCAGCAGCAGGGACUGAACACGUCGUACAGGACUGAGUCGGCGCAGCGCCAGGCCUGCAUGUACGCCAGCUCCGCGCCGCCCACGGAGCCCGUGCCCAGCCUGGAGGACAUCAGCUGUAACACGUGGCCCAGCGUGCCCUCGUACAGCAGUUGCACAGUGUCUGCCAUGCAGCCCAUGGACAGGUUACCCUACCAGCAUUUCUCUGCCCACUUCACCUCGGGGCCGCUCAUGCCCCGCCUGGGCAGCGUGGCCAACCACACGUCGCCCCAAAUCGCAGACACCCACAGCAUGUUCCAGCACCAAAGCUCUCACCAGCCCAUCGUGAGGCAGUGUGGACCUCAAACGGGCAUCCAGUCCCCUCCCAGCAGCCUCCAGCCGGCGGAAUUCCUGUAUUCCCACGGCGUGCCUCGAACCCUGUCGCCCCACCAGUACCACUCGGUGCACGGCGUGGGGAUGGUGCCAGAGUGGAGCGAGAACAGCUAA